AUGUCUAGUUUCUGGAACCUCCUCAGAGCUGUGUUGCUGUGCAGAGAACCAGAUAGGUCCGACGUUGUAGCUUCCCUGUACGUCAUCAAAGUCGUUGCUUACCCUCCUUUGUCGCCGUCGUCAUCUUCUAAUGUCGUCGCCACUCCCGAGCAUCACCACCGUGAGGGCUGCGUCAUCUGCUUGGAGGACUUCGUGGGUGGGGAGAAGCUGUGGGAGCUCCCCCGAUGCAAGCAUAGGUUCCAUGAGAAGUGCAUCCGAGAAUGGUUGCUUAAACCAUCAAACACCUGCCCCAUCUGUAGGACGCCUCUGGAGAGACAGCGGCCUCUGUCGCUGAAAGGCAGAAGAAGAUCAAGAAUCGACAACUUUCGACUCCCGGAAGAGGGCUUUUUCCGACUUUUCUAA